AUGGUAUUCGACCUCGGCGUGCGAAAGGACUGGGAGAAUCUCCCAGAGACGUUUGUCGCUGGUAUCAAGGGGAGUGGGUGCAAGAUUGAGGUGCAAACAGACGUUGCCUCGCUUCUGCAAGAAAAUGGACAGAGCCUAGAUGACGUUGGGGCUGUCAUUUGGUCGCAUUGGCAUUUUGACCAUGCUGGUGAUCCACAGACCUUCCCGGGCACAACGGACCUCAUUGUUGGUCCAGGGUUCAAGAGCAAUAUUAUACCUGCUUAUCCCACCGUCAGGGACUCACAUGUCAAUGAAACAGCUUGGGAAGGUCGUGAGUUAAUAGAGAUCGACUUCAAAGGAGACAAGGGUCUGAAAAUAGGCAAAUUUGACGCGUAUGACUUUUACGGCGAUGGAAGCUUUUAUCUCUUGAGUUCCCCAGGCCACGCGGUCGGACACAUGUCUGCUCUGGCUCGCACAACUGCCGACCCCCCUUCGUUCAUGCUUCUGGGCGGCGACAUUGCGCAUCACUGCGGCGAGUUCAGACCAUCACCAUACACGCCCCUCCCAGAGAUGAUGUCCCCAAACCCUCUCGGUCGGACCCUCUCCGCUUGCCCUGGGCGACUUUUCCUCAACAUCCAUCCUUGGAAGGACCCAGAGAGACCGUUCUUUGACCCGACGACUGAGCCGGGUUGGCAUCUUGAAGCUGCGGAGGCAAAGCAGAGUAUCGACAAGUUGAUUUAG